AUGCCAGAUACAGAAGCUGCGUUGGCAAUAGCCAAUGCAGCCAAUAACAAUAACAGCAAUGUGGAAUCACAAUCAUCUACAUCAACGUCCACACCGAAAGGCCAACCUCGACUAAGAAGACUAGCUUCGAAACCACUUAAGAUGGCAGCGUCGACAUUCAGACCACGAGCUUCAUCAAGAGGGACUUCACCUGGACCUUCUUCUGAAACCGCUACUCUGGCUUCAUCGGAUUCAGCUUCAAUGAGCCACGGCCACGGUCACGGUCAUGAGAAACAUGGAAGGUUUAGGAGAAAAUCGAGACAUCAACAUAUACCUAAUGGUUCAGCUGGAUUAACACCCGCACAGAUAGCUUCGGCCGCUAGAGGACCAAGGAAACCGCUUGAAGGUGAAGAACCUGCUGCUUAUCUCAGAGUAAGAGUAGUAAGCGCAAAAGGUUUAGUUGCAAAAGAUAGAGGUGGUACUUCUGAUCCAUUCCUCACUUUGCUCAUGCCCCCUUCUUCGAGACAUUCAACCAAAGUAAUCAAGAAAUCACUCGAUCCUACUUUCCCUCCUGAAACAAGUACAUUUGAUUUCCCAAUUCACCUCAGUUUGACAGGGGUGAUCGGUGGUAGAGGUAUCGAAUGUGUACUCUGGGAUAAGGAUCUUAUGCGUAAAGAAUACAUGGGUGAACUCGCUAUCCCUGUCGAAAAAUGGUUCCCAGAAGGAGAUAUCCAUUUAUGGAACGAGAAUGUUCCUCUUCUUACGCAACGCCUUUUAUCUACCCGACGGAAGCACACAGUUAGUGGUUCAGUCUCCUUCCAGGUCGGUUUCAUCCCGCCAAAAGAUGCUAUCAAUCCUGAAGACGCACUCAAGAAAGUCAGACGAGUCCAUGGAUCACUUGUAGAACAAGCCGGUGUCGGAAGAAGCUCAAUUGGCAUUCUUGGUGUUCCUGCACACAAAGGUAUUGGAACGGUAAAAAUGCGACCUGAAGAACCAAUCAAACCUUCCCACAUGCUGAAGCCCACUUCGGUGGUAGCAUCUGCUGUUUCUGGCAUAAUGUCCUCCAUGACAGGUGGACAUAAGACUGUUCCACUCACAGAUCAAUCUUCUCAGCCACAAGUAGAUGCAUAUGAGGAAGGGGAAGUUGACGAUGACGAAGAUCUUCUUUCCGAUGACGGCAUGUCAAGCUCUUCCUCAGACGAAUUCGAAGAUGCUCUUGACGAUGAUGAUACGCCUACGGGUCUCAAUGAGUCACCUUCGGCAGUUGAGAACGUGAUUGCAGGUAUCAGUGGGCAAACUGCCGGUCUACCCGAUGCUAAAUCUAGUAAAGCAGGAGAAAAAAAGGAUGGUGGAGGUUUAUUGACUCCCGCUUCAAUCCCUCCACCCAAAACACCUGCUAAAACGAGUCCCCAAGGAGACUAUUUCGCCCCUUACCCAAUGAUUAAAGGUACUUCAGGUGAUUCAGCUGUUGGCACUCCAGGUGUAGUUACUCCGGGAGGAACUAAACUGCGCCGACCAUUAUUCAAACGUGGCAAGAGUAAAACAGAGUCUUCCAUCCAGAGUCAACCUAUCGAAAAGAAGAAAUCGAAGGGAUUCAACUUUGAUGCUAAUCAAGGUAGAGAAGUUUUGGGUAUUGUUAUUCUGGAAAUCAAAGGUGCAGAGGACUUACCAAAACUAAAAAAUGCUCUGAAAUUCUCCUUCGACAUGGACCCGUUCGUCGUCAUAUCCUUUGGUAAAAAGGUUUUCAGGACCAGAGUCAUAAGACAUUCUCUCAAUCCUACUUGGGAUGAAAAGCUCCUCUUCCACGUCAGAAGACACGAAAGUACCUAUACAAUGCAAUUCUCCGUACUUGACUGGGACAAGGUUUCCGGAAAUGACAUGGUCGGAACUUGUACUUUGCCUCUUAGCGAACUGAUAGCGGAUGCACCAAAACCCAAUUCUGAGACUGGUCUCUAUGAAAAGGAGGUAGACGGUAAACAUGAAAUGAAGGAGUUCACGCUCAACGUUUCAACUGAUAAAGAUAUGCCUUGGGAAGCAAGACAUUCCCCUAAGCUUACCGUGAGGGCCAAAUACGAACCAUACGAUGCUCUUCGACAACGCUUCUGGCGACAAUACAUCACUCAGUAUGAUGCCGAUGACUCAGGCUGUAUGUCGUACACCGAGCUCACCGCAAUGCUUGACUCGCUCGGCUCCACACUUACUCGACGUACCCUCGAAGGUUACUUUUCCAGCUGUGGCAAAUCCGCCGAAAAAGAUGAAAUGACCAUUGAUGAGGUCAUACAUUGUUUGGAAAAAGAAGUGACCAAAUCGCGUUCUGAAAAGGAGAAGGUAUCAGGUGAUGAACUCGUUCCAAGCGGAUCUAGUGUAGGAGAAACGUCGUACUCUGUAUCUGCACAACCUACUCAAGAAGGAUUAGAUAUGACUGGACCACAGGGAAACAUCUCUCCUGGUGUCGAUCCGGACGAAUUAGCUGAGCAUAUCAUGCAAAGUCGACCGAGAAACGAUGACGAAUCAGAACCUGCUGGUAACAUCGAAAAAGUCGAGCCUGGUGUACCUGCUGUCAAAGUUGAAAGAACAGCAACUAUGGAUGGAACGACAAUGGCUUCCAAUGAGCCUGCCGACGGUACACUAACACCCGGAUCACUAUUCUCUGAAAAUGAAGAUAUCGAUAACGAAUUGUCGUCAACUGAUGACAGGGAGAGAGUAAUCAAUAUCAAAACUUGUCCAUUAUGUCAUCGACCUAGAUUAGGUGAAAAAACGGAACAAGACAUAGUAACUCAUUUAGCAGUAUGUGCAUCGGCAGAUUGGUCAAGAGUGGAUAGGAUCGUAACUGCGAAUUAUGUCACUUCUUCUCAAGCACAAAGGAAAUUCUUAUCUAAGAUCGUCAAUAAAGUAGCGAUAGGAAGUUAUGCCCUGGGUGCCAAUUCGGCUAAUAUAUUAGUCCAAGAUAGACGAACAGGUCAAUUGCAAGAGGAGAAAAUGGCUGUGUAUGUUAGAUUGGGUAUCAGAGUCUUGUAUAAAGGUGCAAAAGGUCAAAUGCACGGUGCAAGGGCCCGAAAAUUGCUUAAAUCCCUCUCUGUUAAACAAGGAUUAAAGUACGAUUCACCAUCUUCAGCAGUGGACAUACCUUCAUUUAUAGCAUUCCAUAAACUUGACGUCAAUGAGAUUCUAGAUCCACUUGAUUCGUUCAGGAACUUCAACGAGUUCUUCUACAGGAAACUGAGACCUGAUGCGAGACCAGUAGAAGAACCAGGAAAUGAAGGUAGAUUGGUUUCCUGUGCGGAUUGUAGGAUGAUGGCUUUUGAGACUGUCAAUGAAGCUACUCAAAUCUGGAUCAAAGGGAGAGAAUUCACAGUCGCAAGAUUACUGGGUCCAAAUUACAAAGAUGUAGCGGAUAGGUAUGAAGGAGGUGGUUUGGGUAUUUUCAGACUCGCCCCGCAAGAUUAUCACCGAUUCCAUUCACCUGUCAAAGGUAAAGUGGGUAAAAUGACGAUGAUAGAUGGCGAAUACUACACAGUGAAUCCUCAAGCUAUAAGGACUACUCUAGAUGUAUAUGGGGAGAACGUCAGGAAGGUAGUUCCUAUUCAAAGUGAAGAAUUCGGUCUAGUCAUGACUGUAUGGGUUGGUGCUAUGAUGGUCGGAAGUAUCUUGACGACUGUCGAAGAAGGUCAAGAAAUAAAUCGAGCUGAGGAAUUAGGUUAUUUCGCUUUCGGUGGAUCAACCAUAGUCUGCUUAUUCGAGAAGGGAGCAAUGAAGUGGGAUGAAGACUUAUUACAGAAUGGUAGAGCAAGUAUUGAAACUCUUGUCAGGAUGGGAAUGGGCCUCGGUAGAAGUACGAGGAAGGGGGGGAACGAUGUCGUCACGCCAGGCGAGAAGUGA